AUGACUCCAACCGAGGAGCUCGUCCUCGAGAGCAUGGCCCGCACCACCUCGGCCGUCUCGUUGGUCAGCUGCCUCUUCAUCCUGCUCACCUUCGCCUUCUUCCCGACAUUCCGAAAGCCGAUCAACAGGCUCAUCGUUUACGCGUCGAUCGGUAACAUUCUGACCAACAUCGCCACCGUCAUCUCGGUCAGCGGCAUUCCCAGCCAUGGCGCAUCCUGGUCUCUGUGCCGCUUCCAAGGCUUCUUCAUCCAGAUGUUCAUGCCUGCAGAUUCCCUCUGGACCUUUUGCAUGGCCCUGAACGUUUACCUUACGUUCUUCAAGAAUUACAAUGCCAUCGACUUGCGCAACCUUGAGCUUCGAUACUUCAUCGCUAGCUACGGAAUUUGUUUCAUCCCCGCCCUGAUAUACCUUGCCUUGGACCAGUCUUCCCUCAAAAUGGGAAUCUAUGGAGAUGCUGUCCUCUGGUGCUGGGUAGGCAGAGAUUGGGAAUGGAUGCGCAUUGCAUUCUUCUAUGGUCCAGUCUGGGUCGUUAUUGCCGUGACUAUCGGCAUCUACGGCUACACGGGAAGAGUCAUCUUCAAGCAGCGCAAAGCCCUCCGUGCCUUUUCACGCAGCAAUGAUCAGUCAGCAUCAUUCCCCCAGAUCAAGAACCCCUUUACCGCCAACGCUGUCACCGCCAUUACCGAGGUUGUCGUCACCUCCGAAGCCAUUCAGUCCGAGGACCAUCUGAGGCCCCGUGACAUAGAGGCUGAUGCGCGUAGCUCUUUCUCAAGCACAAGGAAGCUGAGCGGCACGACAGCUGGACAAAGCACUUACCGCAACAACUCCGAGCCGAGCGAUAACCAGCCUUUCCAGUACGAACCCAACAGCGCUGUCUGGCCUUACUCGAAUGCUGUAUCCGGCGGCAAGGGAGACCCCAAGAACGUCUUCUCGACCUCCGUUUCCGCAGGUGCUCCUAUGCCUGCCGAGCUCCUUCUCGACUUCGAGGGCCCACGCCCUACCAGCUCGGGCAAUGCCAACCGCAAGGGCGGCGGCGGCGGCUCGGGUAAUCGACAUGCCAGCGAUGCCGCCUGGGGCUACGCCAAGGUGGCCUUCCUGAUGUUCGUCGCACUCUUCGUUGUCUGGAUCCCUUCGACCGUGAACCGCGUCUACGCGCUCGCCAACCCCGACAAUCCUAACUUCGCGCUCAACGUCGUCGCCGCCUUCGUCUUGCCCCUGCAGGGUUUCUGGAACUGCACCAUCUACGUUAGCACAUCUUGGUCGCAGACCAAGGACGCAUUUGCAGAUGUGCACUACUUAAUUUCAUCCGGAUUCACCAGGAAGAAGAAGAGGUAUUUGAACGCUGAUUUGGAGAUGAAUGGAGCGCCGCAGCCAAAGCCAAGGCCCAACUCAAGCAUAAGCGACCCGCAGCCGGAGCAAAGGCACGGCGGAUCAUAUUCACACCAGGAGCGAGCGGUCGCGGACGAGAAGGACGCCAUUACCCCAUGCAGCACCCGUCCGCCUACGAGCUCGCUUACGAGCGAGAGCGGUUUGACUGGCCAUUGA